GGAUAAAUAUAAGCUCAGUUCUUUUAGAAACAUAAGUUCCAGGCUCUGAAAAUUGACAAUACAUUAUUCCGUCAAACAUGAAGCUCACUGCAGUUCAGUUGAUUCUGAUCGUGAUCCUUCUGGUAGUCGUCAUUGAUGGUUACCAUUGCAAAGUUGUUCAGUUCAUUUUCGGUGACUCCCUUUCGGAUUCUGGCAAUAACAAAUACCUUUCCAGGAGUCUUGCUAAUGCAAACCUCCCCUGGUACGGUAUUGAUUUCGGCAAUGGGCUGCCUAAUGGAAGGUUCACCAAUGGCCGCACUGUUGCUGAUAUAAUAGGUGACAAGACCGGUCUACCAAGGCCGCCUGCAUUUCUGGAUCCAUCUUUAACAGAAGAUAUCAUAUUGGAGAAUGGAGUGAAUUAUGCCUCUGGUGGCGGUGGGAUUUUGAAUGAUACUGGCAGUUACUUUAUUCAGAAGUUGUCACUUUAUAAGCAAAUUGAGCUAUUCCAGGGGACACAAAAGCUUAUAAUAAGCAAAAUUGGCAACCAAGAAGCAGAUAAGUUCUUUCAAGAUGCUCGGUAUGUGGUGGCUUUAGGAAGCAAUGACUUCAUUAACAAUUACUUAACAGGGCUUUACAGUGCUUCAUGGAAUUACAAUGAUCAAACUUUCAUUAGCUACAUAAUGGAAACCCUUGAAGCCCAACUCAAGUUAUUGCACCAGUUGGGGGCGCGGCAAUUGAUGGUAUUCGGGCUAGGACCGAUGGGCUGCAUUCCACUGCAAAGGGUUCUAAGUACAGAUGGGAGCUGCCAGGACAGAACCAACAAGCUGGCUCUUAGCUUCAAUCAAGCUGGAAGCAAGUUAUUAGAUAAUCUGUCAACCCAACUUGUCAAUGCAAGCUUCAAAUUUGCAGAAGCUUAUGAUGUUGUCAAUGAUGUUAUCACCAAUCCGCAAAAAUAUGGAUUUAGUAACUCGAAUUCGCCAUGUUGUUCAUUUGGGAGAAUUCGACCGGCGCUUACAUGUAUACCUGUCUCAUCACUGUGCAAAGACAGAAGCAAGUAUGUGUUUUGGGAUGAAUACCACCCAUCAGACAGUGCUAAUGAGUUGAUAGCUAAUGACCUCAUCAAGAAGUUCGGAUUUCUGCAUGUCGAUGCUCCAUCGCCUGCACCCGCUUUCGAACCAUCCUCAGAUACACAUGGAUAACCUGUUUUGCUAUGACUGUGAGGGUAGCAGCUUCUUUGCAUUCUACAUCUGUUUUCUGAAAACAGUAACACUAUUGGAUAAUAAUAGUGACGAGGUUUUUAGUUGAAUUACAGUACAAUUCAUCUAUUUAAUGAGUUAUUUGGCAUGUAUUCAUAAUUAAUUAAUGUGUGGUUAAUCUUUAAAUGUGAUUUCAAUUGUGUAA